UGCACAAGCAUGAGGGAAUUAGGCGGGCUUGCCACAAACUACACCCGCGCAACAGAAACACUGUGCUGAAUUGGACCGGGCCUUGCCCGUUGCCACACCUCGGCCACAGCUCGAACCAUCACCCUUCCUUCGAUGUUCAAAGUUCAAACACCUGCUUCACCACAGCCAACGGUACCAAAAAAAGCAGGAUGCUUGCGUGCGUUUUCUUCUCUAAAUAUCCGCAAAUGCUAUCACGCUCUCGCUUCAUAAGUCCACGGCGGUCUCUUCUUCAGCUAUUCACCACCGCUCAUCGCUUCUCCAAGAAACUAAAUUUCUCCUCCUCUCCCGCUCCAGAGGUACUGUUAAAUCAUCUAGACGAGGAAUGCGUUGAUUUUUUGCCAUGGUUGGAAAGGAAAGCUGGAGUCGAAAUUUCUUCAAAGCUUUACGUUGGCAAAUCCGCGUUCGGCAGGUUAUUAUCGUGCCCGUAUUUUCUUAAUUGGCUAAUUUUACCAUGAAAUACUUGAUUGAUGAUUAAUCGAAGAUUUAAUUAUUGCCUAUUAUCGGUGCUGGUGUGGAUUAGGGUCAGUUAUUUGAUAUUGAGAUGGUGUUUGGCCAAUUUCAAUAAUUUUUUACCUCUAUAUAACAAUAGCCGGAAUUUGUACCGUUUCCGAUUGAAUCGAAUCGAAUCGAAUAGAAUCUAUUCGAAAGACAUUGUGCGAAUGGAGUGGUGUAUGCAAUAAACAUAAGUUUGACUUUCGAUGAUCGUGAUAGAGAAUUCUGCAGCUAGUUGAUCGCUGUUGAGGUGCGAUUGGAGGAAUUUUUGGUGCUUGUUGUUGUUGUGCAGUGCUCCAUGGAAUCAUAUAACAAAUGCUUUUUCAAAAAGUGCUUACAGCUCUCUUAUGAUGGGGUGCUUUUAGUGAUAAACAAUAUUUCAUGGCAUUUUGAAAUUGAAAUUGGAAACCGUGUAUCUCAGCAGGAUGAAAAACAGGGGAAUCUCUUGGCGCUUGGAUGUGUGAAGCACUCCUUAAUUUGUAUAAGGUGUGCAACACCUUGGAUCGAAUUCUGUUGCAUAAAAUGUGACAGCUUGUGAAAUGAGCUCAUCCUUUUAGGCCUCAAGUCAACCUGUCUUUGUGCUCCUGUUUGACUGUGAAAUCAAAGCGUCUUGUUUCUUUUACCACAUGAAAAGUUUCAUAUCAAAUGCUCAAGAUGUGUUUGCUGGAUCUGGGAGAAAUUAAUGAUAUCAUUGACCUCGAUCAACAUGUAAAUUUGGUUAUACUAUCUGAAAGUGGUUCCAACUAAUUACUUGGCCAUUGUAAUGCAAAUACACAUUCCCGUGCAGAACUUGCUAGUUUGUCAAUUGGGUUUUGAUUCUUAUUCUGAAUCUGGGAUUGGGACCAGUUGAUCAAAGAUAGUUACUUUGGAAGGACUGACUAUUUCUUGCUUGGUCAACUUGUUAAGUUUGAGCACUUCUGUGGCUGCAUGAGGUCACUGUUUGCUUCUAAAAGCAUACAAACUGGAGAAUGCAUACUGAGAGUCCCAUACAACGUGCAAAUAGCACCAGAUAAUCUACUUCCAAAAGUUGCAUCUUUGUUAGACAAUGAAGUUGGCAAUGUUGCAAAGCUUGCUAUUGUCAUUUUGAUUGAGCAGAAAAGAGGGCAGGAAUCGGAGUGGGCCCCUUAUAUCAGCUGCCUACCUCGGCCUGGAGAAAUGCAUAGCACGAUAUUCUGGAGCAAAAGUGAGUUGGACAUGAUUCAUCAAAGCACAGUAUACCAAGAAACAAUCAAAGAAAAAUAUCAAAUUGAAAAGGAUUUCUUGAAAAUUAAAUCAGCUCUCAAUCACUCCCUAGAAAUUUUAGAUGGUAUCACACUUGAGGAUUUCAUGCAUGCAUAUGCUUUAGUUAGAUCUCGAGCAUGGGGAAGCACAAGGGGGGUAUCCCUGAUUCCAUUUGCAGACUUUUCAAACCACGAUGGGGUUUCUGAAGCAUUCGUAUUAAAUGACGAAGACAAGCAGGUCUCAGAGGUCAUUGCUGAUCGUAAUUUUGCUCCUCAUGAAGAGGUGCUGAUCAGAUAUGGAAAAUUUUCAAAUGCUACCUUGCUGUUGGAAUUCGGAUUUAUAGUUCCACACAACAUCCAUGACCAGGUCCAGAUUCACAUUGACGUGCCCAAUCAUGAUUUUCUAGGUGAAAUGAAGUUGGAUAUUUUACGAAGGCAUCAUUUACCAACCACAAGAUAUGCCAACGACUUCAAGUUUUCUCGGGAUUCUUUCAUAAUCAAGGAAGUGAAGUCCGCUAGAGGCAAAGGAAAAGGUCUGCCACAAUCACUACGUGCAUUUGCUCGUGUUCUUUGUUGCAACUCUUCUCAAGAUUUAAUUGAUUUGGCCAUGGAAGCUGCACAAAAUGAUGGUCGUUUAGCUCGACGCCCUUUAAAAAAUAGCAGCAGGGAGAUCCAAGCACAUGAGAUCCUGUUGUCAAGAAUCAGUCAACUUAUUGAGGAAUAUAAUGUAUCUAUGAAGUCAUUGGAACCUGUUGCUGCUUCUGUGUGCAAAAGAUUUGCUCUUCGAAGGCAGAUGGCUCUAGAUCUCCUCACUGGUGAGCUUCGUGUCCUUGAAUCUGCAUACACAUGGCUGAAUAAUUACUGUGCUACCUUGUUACAGCAUUCCACUACCAAUGAUGAUGCCAGUGCCUGUGGGAAUAUUCGGGAAUAAACAAGUAAAUAAGAGCAGAAUGUUCAUUUUCUUCGUCACAUCCUGGUACAUGUAAAUUCAUUCAGAACUGCAAGAAGGAAAUUCAGAAAGAAACCAGUUUCUAAAGCUAGACUGACGUAGAAGUGCCCUUCCUGGGUGUUUACAAACCUGCAGCAUUAUGCCGGAAAUCCCGAUUGCAAUGAAGAUAGUGCAAAGUACAUCGGUUUUUUGCAACGUAGGAUGCUAGUAAAAUUUAGAAUCGACUGUACGACAGCUAAGGUAAUGCUGUUGUGUCCAUAGCAAUCACAGGAUUUCGUUAGUGCUGCCCAUAUAUUACGAUAUUUGAAGCCGAAGCAGCCUGCAUUCACCCUUUUCUUUCUUUCUUUCUUUCUCUUUUGUGUGUGUAAUUAUGUGUUAGUUAUCGGAAUACAUAAUUAUUCUUGUUUCCAAACAAUUUGUUAUGUGCUGUAGGCCACCGGUAAAUUGAUGACGGGUGGAACUUGGGCCUUUUUUUAAUUGAAGACCUAAACGGCAUAUACCACCUUCUUUUA